CACAGAAAGAGAGAGAGAGAGAGAGAGAGAGGAGGGGAGAGAGAGGCAUCAUCUUCAUCAUCCACAGAGCCUGAGUGCUGUGUGGUGUGUGUGGAGGCUGGAGUGAAGGACAGACUUUUGGUGUGGCAGCAGAGGAGGAAGCAGCAGCCGAGGCAGACGCUCGCUCUCCCUGGCAGCAGACACCCAAAGCAGCACAGCAGUCAUGCGGCCCAGAUCUCGGCUCCUCGCGAAGAGGGGACUGCCCACCAUCAGAGAGGGAUACGAGGAGAUGGUGCAGGACAUGAACCAGGCCAACAGCCAGCACACGCCGCCCUGCGCCCAGCCACAGCAGUCCCUGUCCACGCAGGACUACCUGCUCUCCAUCUGCCAGCUGGCCAGACCCACCUUCCCCUCGCGGGAGCCGGAUUGGGACAUCCUGUCCAUGGCGCCGAUGGACAUGUCCAAGCCGUGCCCGAGGCUUCACAGACUCAGAGACGCCGUGUGUCCCGUGGCCCCCGUCUCGCAGACGACGCUCUCGCAGAGGGAGGGCAAGAGAGAGGCGCCGGUGGAGAACAGGUGCAGCCCCCCCGAGCCGGCUAGAGCCAGCUCCCCUCCGAGUCCCAUCACCGUGAGCUCGGAUCCGCUGGAGUACCUCUACAGCAACGGGGGUGCCGAGCGCCCACAGGGGCUGGAGGAGAGGGCACGUCCCCCGGCGGCGUGCAGGCCACGCAGUGGCAGCUUCCCGCGGGUCUCGGUCCCCCCCGACGCCCGGCGCAAGAGCAGCUGCCCCGAGCUCCACCUGUCUGCGUCCACCGCCGCCGUUCCCCCGGCCACACCGAUGCAGCGUUCGCCGCUGACCAAAAAGAAGCAGAGCGGCGACCGCAGCGCCUCGAGCCCCACCGCCGUCGUUGGAGCCCUCAGCAAGCCCCACAGCACCCCCGCUGACUGGAGAGGGAAGAGCAGCCGAGGCAACGGCGGCGGUGCGGACAAAAACAACAUGGUGUCGCACUGGAUCGCCGAGUGCCGGAGCGCGUGGCGGGAGGCCAUGAUCCACGCCUGCAUGCUGCCCGCUCUCGUCGAGAAGUGAACGUGCUGAACGUGCCCCCGGAGCAGCGCUCACAAACACACGAUCCCAACAGGAUGACACACCUACACUUACACUGUGCACACUGCAAAAUGUAUCAUAAAGACAAGUAAAAAUGUUUACUCUUCUAUGUUACUUUAGGUAUUUAGAUUUCUCUUAUAAUUGAAACUAGAUGCCAUUGUAACAGUGCCUGUGAAUACAUAGUUCAGAGUUGAAGUACAGAGUUUAGAGUUGAAUUGCAUUUUACAGCAACUCUGUAGUUCUCCAAAACAUUUGGUAUUGUAUUUAUUGCUUGUUUUGAUUGUCCAUUGUUUUAUAUUGUUGGGAAUGAUAAAUAGCCUAUAUGAUAUUAAACAAACAAACAAACAAAAAUGGGAAUAAUUUCAGCUUGUCUCAGGUGAAUACAGUGUAUAGGCAGUGUUUUGUAAGAUGCCUUUGCGAUGUAUUCCACAUUCUGUGUUCUAUGAUGCAGAAUAAAAUUUUAUUGUGAGAAG